AUUGAAGGCUAUGAUGUGAUUCUUCCGUCAUGUUCCUACAAAGCAUGAUAUCUUCUACCCAGAUUAUACUUGAAUUGACCAGCUCUAUCAUCUUCCCAAGGCAGGUUGCGCGUUGACGCGACGCGCUAUUGCCCACAGACCCUAGAAGUCAAGGCCUGUGUCGCCAGCAGAUACCCCGCCAAUCCCUGUACAUGUGCCGAUACGAGCUCCUUGGAAGCGGGCUCCUAUAUUGGCAGCGCAAAAGGCCGACGUUGGAGGAAGACCCAUCCCCAGUAGAGCUCCAGCCAGCAUGCUCCACGAGAUCCUUCUCUCCCUCUCCGGCCAACCGUCACCCCUCUUCAAUGCCCCAACCGAGGAAGGUCUGGUCUCUGAUGAUGCCUUUCCUCUCCUGUCACCGCCCGAGAAAGCACUCCUCGCCUCCCUUGCCCGUCUGAGUCGACUACAUGCGCGCCUGCGUGCUCACACCACCGCCAUAUCCUCAUCCCACGCCUCCGUCAUCUGUCGGUCCGUCUCCACCGCGAUCAGCACGGAGCACCUCGGGGGGUUUCAGAAGAAGAUUCUCGAAGUAGAGAAGGCAAUCUUGGUCGAGGAUAGCGGCUAUGUGGGCGGGUACGGGAUAGUGCCG